AUGGAACAUAUUUUCGUUUCAACACAAUUUCGAUGCGAAACAGGGCCAACAGUUGUUGGGGACCACGAAUCUAAUCCAGAAUUAAUGGCUCAGGUCGGAGCUAAAAUGGUUAUGCAAUUAGGCAAUCGUUUUGCAGAAUAUAUUACUGAAUGGACACCUAGAAAAGUAUUGGACCGAUUAUCAGAAUUGGGCUUUCGAGUAAUUGCAUCAACGGGGGCCGGACAAACAAUUAUUUGGACUUUAGGAAGAGAAAGGAAUGAAAACAACAAUGUCUAA